GGAUCAGGGCGAAGCGGUUUCGAGUCUCGGCUCCUCUCCUGGAAAACUUCCCACACCGACCGGCCAGCUCCCAGUAACAGGGCAGAGGAUUGAGACCUCUUAAACUGGGGUAAAGGGUGUCCGGGUCUGGGGUCUCUCUGGGUUUUGGAGUCUGGAGAAGGUUGCUAGGUGGGCCUGGGGUCUCUGUCUCGGUUCUGGGUCUCCGGGUUGGAUUUGGAAAUUCUCUCAGUUUAAGGUUGUAUCUGGGCUAGGUUUUGGGGGUCUUUCUUUGCCUGGUUUGGAAGAGUCUCUGGCUUUAAGGGGCAUAUUUGGGGUCUCUGGGUUUAAGGUCGGGUCUGGGUUUUGGGGUCUCUGGGUGUCCGCUUUUGAGAUUUCUGGGUCGUGUUUUGCGGAGUCUGUGUGGGGUCCCUAGUUUUGAGAGUCGGGUCUGGUGUCUCUGAGAGAGCUAGAUUUUUGGGGUCGGGUCUGGGGUCUCUGGGCUGGGUUUUGGGGGUCCCUGGGCGGCGCUCCUGUCCAGUGAGAUGUGGGGCUGGUUGCGUGCGGGUCUGAGGGGAGCCCAGGGGAGGUAGGUCCCCGGACCGGGAGCUGGAGAUAUGAACAAUGUGAGCGGCAAUGGGACGGAGCCGGGUUCCCAGUCCCCGGGACAUGAUUUCCCGGCUCUGAUUUUGGGCACUUUCCUCAUCCUCCUGAUCACCGCCGGGAAUUUGCUGGUUUGCCUCAGUGUCUGGACCGAAAAACCGCUCAGGACAACAACCAACUACUUCAUCGUCAGUCUCGCCGUGUCCGACCUCCUGCUGGCCAUCCUCGUCCUCCCACUGUAUGUCUACUCGGAGUUCCAGGGUGGAGUCUGGACCCUUGGCCCAGGUCUCUGUGAUUAUCUCAUGACUAUGGAUGUGAUGCUGUGCACGGCGUCGAUUUUCAAUCUGUGUUCCAUCAGUGUGGAUAGGUUUAUCGCUGUAUUGAUCCCGUUGAAUUACAACAGGAAACACGUUGAUCUCCGACAGAUGGUCCUGAUCUCCAUGACCUGGAUCUUGGCGUUUGCUGUUGCCUCACCUAUUGUCUUUGGCCUGAACAAUGUUCCUGGCAGAGAUCAGACUGUGUGUCAAUUAGAGGAUGACAAUUAUAUCAUUUAUUCUUCUGUCUGCUCCUUCUUUCUCCCCUGCCCAAUAAUGCUCCUCUUGUAUUGUGGAAUGUUCCGGGGCCUCAGACGAUGGGAGGAAGCACGGAAACGCAAGCUAAGACAUAACUUGCAUGGGUUCAAGAAGAUUAACGGGGACCCCUCAGAGCGGCAAAGUCCUCCUCCAUUAAUAGAACGAAAUCCGCCACACAUCAAACGUGAAGAACUGCAUCUCUUUCCAAAGUCAGACUGUGAUUUAUCGAGACAGUUCGUGGACCGGUCCAUGCAAACCAUAACUUUUUCAGAAGUCAAGUACAUUCAGUCGCACCCAGCGAACAGGAGGAAGCGUGCAAAGAUUAAUGGAAGAGAACGCAAAGCAAUGAAAGUGUUGCCCAUUAUUGUAGGUGCUUUUCUCUUUUGUUGGACUCCAUUUUUUGUGGUUCAUAUAACAAGAGCAACUUGUAAGUCCUGCCACAUCUCAUCUCAUCUCCUCAGCAUCGUAACGUGGCUCGGAUAUGUCAACAGUGCUGUCAAUCCCAUCAUCUACACCAUCUUCAACAUGGAAUUCAGGAACUUCUUCAGGAAAGUUUUGCACCCCUGUUGUUGACGUGAAAC